CUUUCAGAUUGUCCGCAUGCAGUUUUUCUCAAUAUCUUUGACGUUGCAGUGAGUGUGAUUUCUGCGCAAAUAACCGAUCAAUCUGAAUCUCCACGUCGGGUGAUAAUUGUUUCCCAGAGGUUAAUCAACAUAAAAAGAAUAGCUGCGUUAAACGUUAGCAAUGUCGGAGUUAUCAAUGGUCGACAAUUUUUCUCAGAUGAUCGAUGAAAAUAAUAUAUUUUCCAGGGAUCAUAGUCUUAGGCCAUGUCGAUAAUGAUGAUGGUAUGGCCGUGUCGAGUGACCCAAGCACCCUCUGAGAGUAUUUAUUUUUUUUUACAGCUAUAGACUCUUGCUAUUUAAUUCCGAAUUUUCGCCACAAUGGAUCAAUUGAUCUGGUGCAUCCAGAUGAUCAUUAACAAGAUGAAGAUUUUCAUCAUAUUUGUGCUCGCUGCCGUGAUUCUGGUGGAUGCUGACAGUGUUUAUGAGUAUCUGUCACGGGAUAGGAGAAACACCCCGGUUUGUGCACAGGGCGAAACGAAGAUGCAAGAUUGCAAUCAUUGCUUCUGCCUUGGAGAUGGUUCUGGGUGGGCUUGUACUCUGAUGGCAUGUAACACCAUGUCAAUGAAUGGUGAUCCGGGUACCGCAUCCAUGGAUGAAUCCGGUCCCCAGGCCCGAUCAGGGCAAGAUAAUACAUCUGAUGCAUAUCACUGCGAGCCAAAUUCAACCUGGAAGGUUGACUGCAAUACAUGUUUCUGUACUUCCGAUGGCACCGCAGCUGCGUGUACUCUGAUGGGCUGUUUCUCCGGAGGAUUGCAACCUAUCAUUUUGAACGGCACCAGCAAUGUGGAGUCCGAAUCUUGUAAACCUAAAUUCUGUCUACCAAAUGUCCGAAAUUGUAUUCAAAGUACGAGAUUAAAGAAUUACUGUGUUCAUUGUAGAGUGACAUUCAAUGACCUCGAUGUAUCGAACAGGACAUCACAAAUUUACUACAGAUUUUAUGAAAAUUUUGAAAUUGCCAGCAGUAAACUGUCUUCCCACAAGAAUUUUGACAGAUUCAAGAUCCUCAAGAAAAUGAGGGCAAGCACUCUUUGCAUGUUUGCUCUAGUAGCUCUAGUUCGUGGAGAAAACGGGAAUGAUCGAAGAUUAAAAGGUGAAAUUGAAUCAGAAGGUCGGACCUCCCUCCAAGAUUUGUUGCAAACCAAAAAAGCCAUUCAGGUCUGUUCACCAGAGAGUACAUUUAGGAGCGUUUGCCAAACAUGCAGCUGCUCGAAAGAUGGAACCGAACUUACCUGCAACAUUCUUGAGAUAUGUGAAAAACACAAGCGGAAUAAACGUCAAAUACCUUUUACCUGUAUUCCAAGUCAAACCUUCAUGAGGGACUGUAAUACCUGCACCUGCAACUCAAACGGUCGUAAUGCCGUUUGUACUCUUAUGGCCUGCCAUAACAGAACAUUUCUUCCCAAGGGUUAUCAUCCGGGAUUUGCUCCAAGACAAUCACCAAUAGGACCGUUCUCUACUUCGGGAUGAAUGCUGAUUAUAAGCAAUUGCAAGUGAAGACUCUCGAUCAGAUUUGGAUAAAACAUCGGAUACCGUGGAUUUAGAUGUCUAAUAUACACCCUUUUGACGGCUCGUAAUGACAAAAAUACGAUUAAUUAUAUUCUGAUAUGGUUACAUUAAGAUUAUUUGUAAUCGGCAAAAAUGGGAAUAAAUGAACGGCCACAUUAUCACAUAAUGUCGCUGUGUUAAAACUUU